UGAUUGUGGCCGCUGGGACAUGGCUUGUCCCCUUGUUGUUGUCAGCAACCCUGCUAUAAAUUGUUCCGAAGAUCGACCACUGGUGGACAGUGAACAGCCUUUUGAACUUUUUCUUCAGGGUGCCAAAGAGAAUACACCGGCACUGACCAUGAGCGCCACCGAAGGAGGGUAUGCUGUCGAUUUUCAUGCAAAGUUGUUCGUGUUACAAGCAUUUUCUAUUUGUGUUGCCAUAUUGCACGGUACUGAAACCCCGACUGCUGCUGCGGAGGCACAAACUCAACAUUUGUCGAAAUGCGAUUCACUGCAAUCACUUCUUGAUGAUGAAGUGAAAUUCUUAAUUGAAGCAGUCACAGAGGAGGAGGAGAAGAAGAAAGUUAGCAAGAGAGCAGUAGCAAUCCCACCAACAUAUGUGAUUAACCCCCCCCCUCUCUCCUAUUGCUCGUGUUUAGAUGUCAGUAACCGGCUGGUUUAAUUCCAAAUGGCCUCUCCAUGUAUUUCAAAGCGACCAAAAGCGAUUAAAGACGGUUAGUGUUCGGGCUAAAAUGGAGAGUGGCCAUGCAAAUUCUGCCAUUCCAAAUGAGGGUUACUGUAUAGGUGAUAUCUGUAUCCAAUGGCACAGAUGCUUCUCAUGCUCUGUAAACUGAAAAUACAUGUCGGGAAUAUCGUCGAAAACGGAUUUAUGGAUUAAUAAUCCAAGUUACUGCCACAAAGAGGGUUAGUCCUUAAGCUCAAGAAUCUCUUCAUUGCACCAUUGGUUCAUUCCUGCGUUCUAUAGAUUAGAGAAAUAGAAUAC